UGGUGUUUCGCUUUUCCGUGGUCCGGUAGUGUCACCCGGGGACGGACUGCUUUUGGACGGAUCCGCGGGUCACUUUUCCAACGGCUUCGUUCGGGAGUGAGCGGUGGUAUAAAAUACUCGCACAGUCGCAAAUACACUAUCAUUAGCUUGCUGUCAUUUGUUUAAUCAACACGCACUGAAUUAAUUGCGUUCGAAUCCGACUUCGAGUAGCUGCUUCGGUCCUCCGGCGCACUGGUCUGCAAGACGAACAGAAGAACAAGAAUCGGGGGUGGAAAGUGAGUGCAAAAGUGAAAAGUGCGAAGAUGAAAUCGGUCACGUGUCUAGUGGUGCUGAGUGCCGCCCUGUUCGGUGCGGUGUCGUGUGCAUCGAUCGCCUCGAACCUCGUGGUAGAUGCCACGCCAAGGAUCGCCACCAGCGAGCAGCUGCUGUCGUCGAUCGUGAACGAGUGCUUCUCGGAUGAUUCGGUGAUGAACUGCCUCAAGGGCAAGGUGCUGAUCUACCUGGACGGAGUGCUGGGACUGCGGGAGGAGCAGGCCCGUGCCUUCGAGGAACAGAACGUCGACAAGGUGAUCUUCGACCGGGUGGCCCGGGUGCUUGCCACGCACGAGUUCAAGGUGCAACUGCCGGAGGAUUCCGUCGUGACCUACCGUGCCGAUAAGGGUGUUAGCUUUGAUGUCGUUCCAGCGGGACUUGCCACCGAAUCGCGUGGUCAUUUACUGAAGAAGAAACUCCUGCUUCCAGUGCUGCUGCUGCUGAAGCUGAAGAUGAAGGCCCUGAUGCCAAUCGUCGUCGCCCUGAUCGGCCUCAAGGCCAUGAAGGCCCUGAUUCUGUCCAAGCUGGCCAUCACCAUGGUGCUCGGAUUCCUCGUCGCCCAGCUGGUUAAGAAAUCCGGCCUCGGAAUGCCCAUGAUGUCGAUGAUGCCGAUGAUGCCCCCGACGGCCGAGUACAGUGCCCCCGCUCCAGCCACCACCGAGUCCAGCUACAGCGCACCCAGCUGGGAGUCGCAAUCCGGUGGACCAUACUCUCGCGUCUGGGAACCAUCCACCUCGUCCUCGUCGCACAACUUGGCCUACAGCUCCUACUACCCGAGCUCCAGUGGAUCCAGCGGAUCCAGCAACUCCGGCUCGUACAGUGCCACCGCUUACAACUCGGGAUCCUCAUCCAGCUCGUCGCCUUCAUCCUCAUCGUCCUCUUCCAGCUCGUCGUCGAACUCGGCUCACGCCUACUAAAACCCCCACCAAAAAUGUACCAAAAAAAAAGAAAACCAACCAUCUUCUUUAAGUAGUCAAUUGAACAAAUGUACAGAUAAUACUCAAGCCAAAAAUUGAACAAAAAAAAAGGAAACUUUUCUAGGAGGAAAAAUGCAAAACAAAUCUCAACGACAUCCUAUCAACCAAUCACGGUAUUGUUAACCUUGCCGAUUGGAAUCGCCCAAUCGAAGCCGAGGGAUGACUGCGUACCGUUAAUGCGAAACAAAACAACAACACAAAAAGAAGACAAAUCUCGUUAAUGUUAUUUAUUUAUUUUCGUUACAUGUGCUCACGCUAUUUAUUUGUCUCGUCAAAGAGUGUAUUUAAUAAACGAACUAUUUCAAACGAA